CCUCACAAUCCACCAGCAGCUGACAGCCAUGAAGAUCCUCUACCUGCUCUUCGCUGUCUUCCUCCUCCUCUUCCAGGCUACUUCAGGUUCUGCAGACCCUCUUUUUGCUGACACUGUUGAGUGCCGGAGCCAGGGAAGAUUCUGCCGUGCUGGGGCGUGCCCACCCACCUUCGCCGCCACAGGGACGUGCCACGGGGGGCUGCUCAACUGCUGCUCCAAGUAG